AGGUGGUGCUUUAGUAAAGCAAAUAAGCACAUGCCAAUCUUUUAUCAUUAUUUCAAUAUACAUUGGUAACGACAGGGACUCACAGUGUUCUGUCAGAGUAAGGUACUUCCAGCCAAUCCGUAACUUCAGUUUUCAGGCAAGGAGGAUUUGCGGAGGGCAUCUUGCUCAGCAUCCCACCCGGGAACCACGACUCCGAAGCAGAUCUAUCCCUCGGGAGCAGACCGCCUGGUCUUUGGUAAUCAAACGGCUCAACAACAAAUUGAUUAUUUGUCUCCAUACAGUAUGGAUGGACACCGUGUCUUGGGGGUCCAUAUGCUCAGCUCUGGAUUCAUCAGACACAAGACUGGCAGGAGCCCAACAGAAGUCAGCCAUGUUCACAUGCAUCGAGAUCAGGCUCUUAAUUAUUGCCAUGGAUUGCUCAGAGAACCAGUAUUACUACAAAGGCGAGUGCCACCAAUGUCAGCAAUGUGGACCUGGGCAGGAAUUGUCUGAGGAGUGUGGAUACGGAAGUGGAAGGGAUGCCUACUGCACCUCAUGCAAUGCAAAGUCAUUUAAAGAGGACUGGGGUCAUCACAGCUGCAGGCUCUGCCAAUCCUGCAAAAGGGUUAACAGGCAUGAGAAGUUUCCCUGUACCACCAAGAGCAAUGCAGCCUGUGGAGAGUGUUUACCAGGGUUUUACAGCAAGACUAGGAUAGAUGGUUUGCAUGAUUUCGAAUGCAUGCCCUGCGGACCAUCAUCAGCCAGUGAGCACCAAUGCAUCCGAAGCAGAGGAGAGGGAGUGCCGAAAGUCUGGAGCACAAAAGCUCCACCGCAGGGGAGCGCUUCAGCCGGCAUCACCGGUGCCGCUCUGGUCGCUGCGGCGCUUGUCAUUUCUGUCUUCUUGUUCGUAUACUACAGACGUGCUUCACUGAGAAAAAUAUUUGAAGCAUGUGCUGGGUCAAGAAAAUCCAUCCCCAGUGAAUGUGAUGCAGUUACAGCUGGGACUGGGGAAACUGUGAUCCUCAACCUGGAGAAGGAAGUACAGGUCGCAAGUCCUAGUGAAGGCUUGAGUGCUGUGGAUUCGCCCACCAGCCUCAAGACCUUUCUCAAGGCUAAUACCUUUCUGGGAUCCAUGGCGACAACCUCUGACCUCCAACUCUGCUACCUCAGUAGCUUAUCUGAGACCCAGCCUCUGAUGAGAUGUUCCACCUGUUCCAACUGCUUCUUGGGGUGCGUCUCCCAGAGGUCAUCCAGCUCUGCAAACAGUGGAGAAUACCUUGUGGGGCCAUCUCCAAUCCCAUUUGACGAGGCCAACAUUUACUGUGCCUCUGACCAGAAAGAGAGGCAUCUGCAUACGCCGGUCGAGUGCACAGAGCUAGACUUUCACAGCUCUUUAUUUCUUGAUGGCAAAGCUGCUGUUGAGAUUAAAGCGUCAACGGAGGUGUCUGAAGACUCCAACCAGAUUUUGUCAGUGGAGCAACUGAACAGUCCAUCUGACUGCUCCACCAACAGCUGCUUGAAUGGCUAUAAACAAUUCUGCAGCAGCAGAUGCAGCAAUACGUUUUCCAGUGUCCAGAGUCUGGUGAAGAAGAGUUGUAGGAUAAUGCAAGGCAUUCAUCUUGGAAGGCUGCCUCAGGUUCUCGUUGAGUCUCUGGCCUUGAAACUGAACCCGGCAUUUCCUGGAGUUAGGAACUACCAGCAGGUAGCACUGGAGUUGGGUGUCCCUCUGGAGGUGCUGCAGAACCUGCAAGGGUUUGAGCAUGUCUUCCAGUACCUCUCCUCCUGCACCCUGCACACGGUGCCUGACCUUCUCAACACCUUCCACCACCUGCAGAGGUUGGAUGCGGUGCUUCUGCUCUGUGAAUAUGCCACCAAGAGCCAGCCCACAGCUUGCCCACACUAACUGCCAACAGUGGCAAUGUAAACCUCCUGCCUACAAAAGUGGUGUUUGUAACUGAUUAGAUAUAAAGGAAGGCAAACUUGAAGCUACGGCAUUCAACUUGAGAAUUUCAGGGACAACAGAUACUGUAUGUAUUUUUACUGUCAUUUCUCAUUCCAUUCUUCGAGUUAAAACUAUUUUUGUACUUGUUUUAUAUGAUCCUAGUAUGGAUAUAAGUACUUGUUUUAUAUGAUCCUAGUAUGGAUAUAAAGUGGAAAAUAAUGGUGGAAAAAGGAGUAUGUUCUUACUUGACAGUAUGUGCGAUGUUAACAAUAAGUAAAUAUUGUUUAUCUUGUACACACAGGUGUUUCAUAACACUCUUUCACAUUUCUCUGAACUCUCUUCUUAAUUUGGCAAUAAUUAAUAUGUUUGUUAGUGGAAUUAUUUUGUUAGGCUACUGUGAACUCUAACAUUAGGUUUAUUUUGUAUUUUAACUAACAGUGGCAAUGUUUUUGAUAAUGGGAAAGUCUUUGGAACAUUUACACUGCCCUCUAUAAUGCUUGGGACAAAGCCCUAUAAUUUAUUUGACAUGUUAUUUUUUGUUACAAAUCUCAAAUUUUGGAGUACAGAGGCAAUUAAAUGAUGGGUCUUUGUCCAAAACAUUACAGAGGGUACUGUAUGCUGCCAUCUACAUUGAGGGCUCUUUUCUGAGGAUAUAAAGACCAAAACGUGUGAAGCAGCCUUUCAGUUGUGCAUCACGUCACCUGCCAUGGCAUCACAAUUGUGGUCCAUUCUGGUCUUGUUAACCAGUGAAAUUCUGUUGUAGAAUUCUUUUGAGACAAGAAUGAAGAAGCUAUGCAGGUCGGGAAUAAUUGCCGGUGAAUGUGGUAAUUAAUUAGAAAUGGUCUGAUUGUAUUUUAUGGAUUUUGUUUUGAGAAUCCAAGUUCUGUAUCCUCAAAAAUGUAUUUUUCUGUCAAUAAAUGAUAAUGUUCUCAAAGAA